AUGCGGAGUCGCCACCUCCACUGCACGUCGAGAGCUAUCUGCAGCACAGAGCUGGAGAAGGUUCCAGAGAAAGGGGAUGCCGGCAUGGCCCAGGACGAGAGGAGAUACAGUGCUAACCAUGGUGAUUUCCUGGAGUCCAAGGCUGGCUGUGCCAGUACAGCCCUCUCCGCCCGGAGAGCCGACUCCUCAUCUUCUGUUGGAACAGGUGCAAGUGUCCGUGAGCCUCCAGGCAUCCACAGAGUGAAUGCUCAGCUAGACAUUGUGGCAAAUUUGGAUCAGACAUUCUCCUCCUCGCAUUCGAAUCACUCUGAAAUGUCUCCGACUGAGGGCCGAAAGGAGAACCAUCCCGAGGAAGUCAGCCUGCUCAAGUUGCAGACGAAGGAUGGACAGCGACCAGAGUGGACGUUUUACCCCAGGUUUAGCAGCAAUAUCCACACGUACCACGUGGGAAAGCAGUGCCUGUUCAACGGGGUCUUCCUCGGCAACCGGAGGUCGCUAUCAGAGAGGACGGUGGACAAGUGCCUUGGGAGAAAGAAAUAUGAUAUUGAUUCCAGGAAUGGAAUCCCCAAGUUGACUCCAGGGGAUAAUCCAUACAUGUCCCCAGAACAGAGUAAAGACUUCCACAAAGCUGGAUCAACUCUUCCACCAGUGAACUUUUCAAUAGUGCCUUACGUAAAGAAAUUUGAUACCUUUAUUCCACUUGAGCCUCUGCCACAAUCUCCCAACUUGCCCUUCUGGGUGAAGGAGAAGGCCAACAACCUGAGGAAUGAGAUAACAGAAGUUGAGGAGCUCAACAAGUGGCAGCCAGCGGUGUCCUUGGCCAACAGUUUAUUUGCUUCUGGUGCUUUGGACUUUCCAAGACAAUCCUGA